CACUAACGUCUAGACUUUAGUUGAUAUCGAGCCGUAGAACAGUUAGGAUAAUACGAAUAUUAUAUAUUACGUAAGUGACAAUGACGACCGAAAAAAGUGAUGCUCAGAAUUUUAGUUACUACACAAUUGCUUCCAUAUGUGCAGUUUUAGGACUAUUCUGGUAUUUCCGCCGAACUAUAUAUCAGAAAUACUUCGCGUGGAUUAUGCAUAUUUUCGCUUCUAAAGUUUACUUUGACAGUUUAAAUGAUAUGAAGGUCAACCUUUUUCAAUGUGUGCAUGAUUAUAAGAAUCAACUGGACAAAGACUUGGCCGUUCUGGAAGUUGGAACUGGGUCAGCAACUAAUUUGACCUACUUGCCACCUAAUACGAAGCUCGUUUGCUUAGAUCCGAAUCCACAAUUUGAGAAAUAUGCAAAGGAACAUGUGAAAAAGGAAGGCAGUUCAUUGUCCGUAGAUUUCGUACAUGGAUAUGCCGAGAAAUUGCAAUUUGAAGAUGAAUCAUUCGAUGUGGUAGUGUGCACGCUUGUUUUGUGUUCUGUGUUGGAUAUGAAGAAAUGUUUGCAGGAAUUCAAACGAGUUUUGAAACCGGGCGGAAAAUAUGUUUUCAUGGAGCACGUGGCAUAUGAAGACAAAACCUCUUGGACGUGGACGUUUCAAUGGAUGAUGAAUCCAGUGCAGCGGUAUCUCUUCGAUGACUGUGAGACAACACGAGACACGGAAACCUACAUCAUGGCAGCCGGAUUUUCAGAUGUCAGUCUGAAACGUUGUGCUCCUGAAAUAUUUGCUGUAUGGUACAGACCAACCAUUCUUGGAGUAGCCACAAAAUAGAAUAAAUUAAACGGCAAUAAAAGAUCUUUUGUUAUUUGUAGAGAUUGUCAAGUAUAUCGGAAUUUUAAUACUGAUUUUCUACAAAUAUUUUAAUCAAGUUUGCUCUAUUAUUAACAUCCAAACAUUCAAACAGACCGGUGACAAUGUUUAGAAACGUCAUCGUGUUGUUGCAGAAAGCGUGCUUACUAACUUUAAUGGUUAUGUGUCUAACAAAACGUACAUGUCUACAUUAUGUCUGACAAAUAGUUACCACUUUUAUCACUUUGUCAAUAAAUUCUAAUGUCUUUGUUUUUACCGACCAAUGCAUUUUAGAUCGCCAUUUCUACAAAAAUAGCGUUUUCUGACAUUGAUAUUGUAAAAUCGUUCAAAGUGCUAUUCCACAUUAUUCUACACUGUUUUCGCCAGUAAUUGAUAUCAUAAUUUAAAAUCUUAAACGCUAUCUAUCAGUAUUUCAAAAAGUUUUGAAGGCUUGUUAAAUUCAGUAAUAGCCUUUAUCAUGUUACAAUGUACGUCAUUUAUACACCAUUGUGCUUGUGCAAAUACGUAGAACAACUGCACUUCUCUUCUAGUUUUAACAAAUAAAUAUCCCUAAACUUGAACCUAUCUUGUGCAAACCUUGACCCGCCAUAAUACCCCUGUCUGAGUUAGUACAAAUAAGUUGUUUUACAAGUAUUUAAAGCGGCUCGUUCACAAGAUUUAUAAUUCUUUUCAAAAUAGUUUUCCACAGUUUCGGUACAAAAUUGGAUAACUAAUACUGAAGAAUACUGAAGUAAGUGAAAACUGCUGGAAAUGAUUUGAUGUUGAUGCUUUGAGAAAUUUUAAACGCGUCGAGGGUGGUUAAUUUUUUUAAAAAAUGUUGUUGUUGUUUUUUUGUACUUUGCAGGGAUACUUCCAGUUAUUUUCAGUAUUUGUUGUUAAAGAACCGCAUGGUUUCACAAGAGAUUUGCGAAAGUGGUUUUGACUUUAAGACUAGUACAGACCAAGAUCACCCUGCACGUCCGUGAUCAUGGUCUGCACUGUUCGCUAUUCAAUCUGUCAAGUUUCAGUAAAGAUCACUUGGAAUAAGAGGUGGAACUGUCCAAAAUGAAUGAUGGACCAGUCAAUUUUAGAAAUUUGGCAAGGUAAAGGUUAAAGAUGUAGUAUGCUCAUCCUCCAUUUUAAAGCUUUAUAAAAAGAUAUUGACUUUUCCUAUCAUAAAUAUACUCAUCACACUGCUUGUAAAAAUCCAUAUAUUUAGUGGUUUUAUAUUUUUAUUCUGUAUGCUUUUAUUAAAAUUGCUGUAUUUCAAACCUAACAUGUGUUAUUGUUCAUACACGCUUACAUGUUUAAUUUGUUUUAACAUGAAUAUUGCGGUGUAUAUGUUCAUAAUUUCAAAUGACAAGCUUUAGUUUGUAUAUCUUUAAAUACCUCCGGUUCGUUUCAAGAAACCUUAUGUUUUAAGUUCGAACUUAAUACCAUACGCGCGUUACGUUAUAAAUAAUUUGCAAGUUCUUACCAAAACUGUUUAUCUGUGAAUUUAAAAGCAGUAUUUUAGGUGAUGAUCUAAAACUUAUCUUUUAAGUUAAAGUUUGGAAACACUAUUUCAAUAUAUAUAAAUAGGCAUUUAGUUAGAAUCUCAGUUGUAUGUAUAGCCCGCCCUAUUAGCUCAAUACGGGCAGAGCAGAUCUGCGGAUCGCGGGAACGUGCGUUCGAUCCCCGGGCGAGGCGUAUGUUCUCCGUGACGAUUUGAUAAAAGACAUUAUGUAUGAAGUCAUUUGUCCACCACCUCUGCUUCAUGUGGAGAAGUUGGCAGUUACUUACGGAGAACAGAUCAGCACUUGUACAGAAUCCGGGAACACUGGUAAGGUUAACUGCCCACCGUUACAUAACUGAAAUACUGUUGAAAACGACGUUAAACCCAACAAUUGUAUAUUUAUCAAAGUAACGUUUGGGGUUACAAAUGAAUUUUCUUAUUUCGAACAACACUAUUUUUAAGGAGAUUGGACACAGAAUGAACCCAGUUUCCAAACAACUUUUGUAAAAUUUCAGUCAAACAUGUUUUAAUACAUUGUGUAUCCAUAUAUUUGCAAACUCUAGAAUUAUAUCGUAUAUGCUUCGAUUUUUUCUUUUAUUUGAUAGUUAAACAGAUAUUUGGAAGGUGUAUGCAGAGUGUCUUUAACAUGAAUUAUAUCAAACUAACGUACUAAUGAUAUCCUAGAAGUAAUGACUCCUACAAGAAUGUGUUUUCACUUGGAACGUUUAACUGAAAUGUUUAAUAUUGCUGUUAUAGCUGACAUGGCCAUAGAUAUCGGCGUGUUGGAUUAUUAUAAUUCUGUAUUAGUGUGUGAAACUGUGUGUCAUAUGUCAAUGAAAAUUUAAUUUGAAUUUGCUAUAAGAAAAAAGUAGUUUCUUUCUUGUUUUAUAAAAGAUAAAAGAUUGUAAUUGAAACAACUGCGUAAUUACAACAAAAUUUUUACGUUGCUUGGGAAGUCUUCAAAUAUUUUGCAAACUGUUUAGGAAGUGACUAAAAAGGCAAAAGAGACAUUAAAAUAUUUUGCAAACUGUUAAGGAAGUGAUUAAAGGGCAAGAGAGACAUUCAGAUAUUUUGAAACUGUUAAGGAAGUGAUUAACAAAUGCAAGAGAGACAUUUAAAUAUUUUGCAAACUGUUCAGGAAGUGAUUAACAAAGGCAAGAGAGACAUUCAAAUAUUUUGCAAACUGUUCAGGAAGUGAUUAACAAAGGCAAGAGAGACAUUCAAAUAUUUUGCAAACUGUUAAGGAAAUGAUUAACAAAGGCAAGAGAGACAAUGGAUAUGAUUAUAACCUGCCACUCUGUUUCCCUCUAAUGUUUAUCGCUUUAUCAUAAUGUAAUUUAUAAAGGUAACCAUAAUACCCUUACCAUUAAAAUACAGUUAUGACACAA